AUGGGUACCGCCAGCCAUCACCCCGCAGAGGCACCCCGCCCGCCCCCACCACAGCCACUCAAAAUAGUAACUACCCGCCACCCCGCACCCGUCGAAGCAACCCGCCCGACACCAGCCACACACUCGCAAAUUUACCGACCACCCUUCCGCCCCGUUAUCCUCUUUGACAACCGGAUGGUGUUCAAUUUCUUCCGGCCCGACAACCUGCAGGUGCGGACGGUGGUCAGCAUGCGUGACAUCACUGAGAACGGCACUAAGGGGCCGUCAUGGACAAAACUGUUGGAGAUACUAGGCGAGAAGGAGGGCCUGUUUGAUGUGGAGAAGGACUUUAUGGUGGUGGCUGAGUGUGUGGUGCAGGGGGAGAGGGAGUUUUUAGCUGCGCUGCAGUGGGCAAGUAAUUUACCUGCCCAGGGUAAGAACUUUGUGGUUUCGAUAUAUAAGCUAGGGGAAAGGGUGUGGGGAUAG